GUGGAUGGAUGUCCAAUAGCUGUUUUAUCGACUGUACGAAAUCCGCCACUGCGAUUAAUUGGAUUAAAUGAAUAAAAUCUAACGCUGACAGAGAAAACUUUAGAAGAGUAGUCUACGUUUUUUCUUACACAAAGGGAUCUGUUCUUCAAGAGAUGGCUAUAAAUACGGAUGCCCCUCGCGCGACAGGUGUCCUUGGUGAGAGCGCGGCGCUUGGGUCUGAUUUUGGAGACACGGAGAAACUUCUUGACCUCUCGACUAAAGAGCUUAAGGGAGAAUUGAACCACAAGUCUGAUACUUACAGCGUUAAGUCUCAGAAUGAAAAGACAGCGGAAAACGUCGAUCCAGUACCCCUCUCUCCAACACGGGUCGAUUUCAGCCGCACCUCGUCGCCGACACCCGGCGAGCGCGAGCCCUGGAGCUUCAUUUGGGUGGCCGUGAUAUCAUGCUUCUGUCCUGCGGUUCCUAUAAACGUGUUUGCGCUUUAUUUUGCGCAUAUGGCACGCGCCAUGAUACAGUCAAAAGAUUAUGAAGGUGGCAGAAAAAUUGGACGUCUGUCUUUGUUGCUUAGCAUCGUUUCCAUUAUUGUGGGUUCGGCCAUUCUCCUCUAUGUGGCGAUGACAGAGAUAUGAUAAGCUGUUGUACAGUCGUGGAUAUUCUGCAGAAGCUGAAACCAAAGCAUAAAUGUAAACAUGUAGCCCAUAUUAAAGAUGAAAGAUAGACUGAAAGUCAUUCCUUUAAAACUAAACUAAAAUACAAUAAAUAAAUAAAUAUAUAUAUAUGUUCAGGUUCCCUAAAAGUUUGUUUCCAAGUCUUGGUAUUCUUUUGUGUUGUCUCAUCAAAUCUUGCCUUAU